AUGCCAUUCAAAAAGUUCAGCAGACAGCAAAUCUGACAGAAAAUAGUGAUGGAUUGAUUAAAGCGUGUGCAUGUUGUCAGUUACAACAUCAGCAAGAGGCACGAUGCAGAGAAUGCAAGAUGGUGAUCAGGUGGACACAGAGAGAUGUUUCUAGACGACAUCCUGUCAUCGGUAACCGUGAAGAGUCCGUUCAUGUUGUAUGGUGGAGGUCUGUUUGGUGUCAUCUACUUGGUGUCUGUCGUCAUCAUCAUUUCGCUAAGACGCAGAUCUCCAGUUGUUGUGCCGCUGACAACUCCACCGAUAGGAGAAAUUUGUUUCGAAUACAUUGUCUCCAUUCAGACAUCACUUAAACCAAAUUCUGGCUUGUCAUCCACGGCUCGAGUUUACAUACAGCUGCUGGGGGAAUUUCACGACUCGUCUUCAUUUCUGCUGAAGAAGAACAAAGUCACUCAAGACAUUUUGCACAGAGGAGCGCUGGACAUCUUUGUCAUCCACACCAGAUGUAAGACACUACACCCUGUUUUUUCAAGUUCUGUAAUACACCUUGAUGAUCUCGGAAAUAUUCUUGGCAUCAGUUUAAAAGUGUAUUCUUCACUACCAAAGGAUAUAUGGAGGCCUGUAAUCGUCAGUGUAUGGAAGUCGUCGUGUAGCGACUGUUGGAUUUCCUGGAGUCCAGAAAUGCUUGUGUGCAAUCACAAUCUACAAAUGACAAUUCCUUUGGAGUUCUACAAGCUGGGCACGAAGAGACGUGGAGAUGCAGUGGGCCAGUACUUUGUAUUCCUGGGUGUGAAGCACCUCCUCAUCUCACACCUGUUGACGAGCACCCGCUUCGGUGUCGUGUCGUCGCCCGUCUGCCUCCUCCUCUUCUACUUCUCACUGGCGGGCAUCUUCACCUCCACCCUCAUCAUCUACGGCAUGAGUCAGGAUGUGCAGGCGGAUGCCAAGAAGAGUGACUUUGCCAUCGAGGACACCGAGUGGAGGACCAUUCACAUCGGAAUGAGCAUUUCCAUCCUGUUGUCGUGGAUGAUGGAGCUGGUCGUCAAGAACAUCAAGCCCAUCAACAUGGACAAAGAUUUCGAGUUCUGCGGCCUGCAGGAGCUGAAGCUUUACAGAUACACCAAAGAGAAAGAAAAGAACCCAGAAGAACAUGAAGAUAACAAUGACUAUGAUGAUGAAGAUGAUGAUUAUGAUGAUUAUGAUGAUUAUGAUCAUGAUGGUGGUAAGUACAUGGCAACGUCUGGACGUAUAAAGCCGGUCGGGGUGAGUGAAGGCCAUGGUGGCUCUCUGGCGUCAGUCGCCGUCGACAUCAGCAGACUGCCUCUGAAGGAAUUCACCACUCACAUGAUAAGCGAUGUCCACGCGUCGCUCCUCCUCAGCGCCGAGGGGGGCAAGGGAACAGAGGAGUUUGUGGAUGAGGUCGACCAGUGGCACCAUUUUCUCCAACAGAGACUUCUCAAAGAAAUGAAACAUAUCCUCAAGUCGGAGGCGGACGGUGGUGGUAACGAAGAAUGGCAGACAGGCAAGCAGGUCGUGUGCAAGUCGGAGGUGGACGGUGGCAUUAACGAAGAACGGCGGACGGGCGAGCGGGUCGUGUGCCUGGUCGUCUGCAAGGACUGCAGCUGCUUGUUCUGCCAACAGGUUCACAUGACCAUCAGGCGGGACUGUUGCUUCCUGCUCGACAUGCUCAUGAAGGCCGUGCUGCGGUCGUGCCACGACUGUCUGGUGAGGAAGAAGACGAACUCGGCCAAGAACAAAAGCAUAUCCCGUGUGGUGGACGCCGUCAAGACGGUCAGCACUUACAUCAUAGAGCAGCUCCAGUACACAAGCGGCCUGGACAGCAUCGACCUCGACCUGAUGAACAUCCCCCUGAAGAAGACCUCCUCCCGGGACUCCUGGAAGCGCCAGCAGCAGAAGGGCAGAGGCCGGAAGAACAGCGAAUCGUUGGCGCACAUCUUUGUGAAGGGGAUCGUAGGUCUGGCGGUGGACGAACUACAGAAGGUGAUGAACAUUGAGAUGACCUCGCUGCCUCCACAGGAAUUGGCUGCGCACAACAAUGCCAACAUUGACACCUUCCUCGUGGAUCUGAUCGACGAUCUGUACACACAUCUGUCUGUGUUUCUGUAUCAGCAGGUGCAGCACAAGCUGGAUAUUGGCGGCCUUGCCACUAUGGUGGAGAACUGGCUGCAGGCAUUCGAACAGAAGAUCUCCAAUGCCGUUAACAGUAGGUUCCUGCCGACGGCGAAUGCAGCCGGGGAGAUACUUCCGGAGGCGUUUUAUAGUCUCAGGGUGAACACGUCGGCCAUGGUUUCGGAAAUAGUUACCAAUGACUACUUGGAGAAUUUCCAGCUUUGUGGGUGCCACGGCAGAGACCGAGCAUGUGCGGGUUUGUCCCUCUCCAAGGAGCAGUCGGGCAGGUUUGUGGUCCUGUCCAAGAGUGACAUGUCUCUUGAGAGGACGGCGUCAAGAAACGACAUCAUAAGACACACGAUGACCAGUGACAACUGCGGCUGCAUGCACUGCAAGCAGCUGAGAAGACGCGUUCGGAGAGACUGUACGUUUGUGCUUGCGGUGAUCGUGAAAGCGGUGCUGAGGUGCUGCUAUGAGUGCCUGGUGGAAUACAACAAGAAGAAUGCGGGCAACUACUGGAAGGUGAAGGACAUUGUCAACGCUGUGGAGACGAUCUGUUCCAACAUCAUAGAGCAGUUCCAGAGCGAAGACUCCUACAGGGAGAUAACCCCAACCAGCAAUUGCUGCGAGGCAGGAGUGAAGAAGGCAGCCGCGGGGGCGAACUUCAACACUGUGGCGCACAUUUUCCUCAGCGGAGUCAUCACCGUGUCUGUCUGCAAGCUGCAGAGAGACCUCGUGGAAGAACUGGAACUGUUGUCUCCCCUGGCACCCUGUCUGGUGUGCGACGCGGAUGACUUCAUAGGCAGCACUGGCAACUUCGCCGAGAACUAUAUCGCCCACAUGUACACCAUGCUGACGCAGUACUUGUACACUCACUACAGAGAGACGUUCGACCUCCAGGCAGCUGUGAAGAUGUGCAAGCAGUGGCUGGAUGGGCUGCAGAAGGAAGUGCUGAGACAGGUGACGGAGAACCUAUCCACGAAGGGACAGAAAAUGUCUGUGAAGGGACAGAACCUGUCCGUGAAGGGAGAGAAGGCACCGAAAAGUGAUGACGUAACGUCCAAAGGUCCGAAACUGGCCUUCACACGGGGGAAGGAACCCUACAGCUACAGCGACAUGAUAAGACAUGUGAUUCAGACCGAGGGCUGCAACUGCUUCUACUGCCAGCAAAUCAACAGGAAGCUGUUUAUGAAUUGCAUCCCGGUCCUGGAGAGGACCAUCAAGGACUGUCAAAGCUGCGUCCAGCAGGUCAACUUCAAUGACCAGUUUCAAUCCAUCUGGAACAAGGAUGUUGACAGCAUGCACACAAUCUGCGCACACAUCAUCCAGUGGAUCAAAGAUCCAGACCAACACACAGAUGUGGUUUCGGAUGCCAAGUAUAAAGCCUUUAAAGGAUGGGACAGUUCCAAGGCGAUAGUAGGAAUACCUAAUAGGGUAAAGCCAGUGCAGAAUUUUGAAGAGUCUACUAUUCCCGUUGCUGGGCUGGCGAGAAAGAAAAGACCCGUAAAUGCGACCCUGGACGAAAACGUUGCCUGGCUGGUUAACGAUGUCAUCGAAGCGUCGGAGUUCGAGAUAAGCUACGACGUCGUGGAGACAAGCCAGGUGCGCGAGCUGUGUGGCGAGGCCACCGAGCAGGCUCUGGGUGAGACUUGGGACUUCUACCAGACGCCUCCAUACACCUUCACCGCCUUCCUCAUCCAGCAGAAGGCCAUCUGCAGACUCACCGCGCUGGCCAGGCUUGCAAAGCCGGACGUGCACAUCCCCACUGUUGUCAGACAGAACUUCUCGUACGCGCUGUUCGCCGAGACAGAGCACCACUUUGCGGGCCCAGACACGCUGGCGUCGGAGGCAUGGCUCAACAGGCUGCUGGAGGAGUUGGGCCUCGUGAACAGGUUCGUGACCACCGUCAAGACCGUCAUCACCUACCGCAGCAUUGUGAACCACAUCGCCCGCUUCAUCAACUACGAGACGGCCCACGUGGUGGCGGCAUGUAUUGACCAGGCGUGCCGCAUGCUGGCAGGGCCGCAGCGAUUGCCCCCCAACCAGCUGGCGGUGAGCAUCUUGCGGGGAGGGGGCAGCACCAAUUACGCGGCACACGUCACCGAGCUGAAGGAAGUGGUGAUCCAGACACAGGUGGAGUGCGACCAGGCCACGCAGGCGUGCUUCUCGCGCAUAAAGAGAGGGAUCGCGGAGAUCAUCGAGGAAAGUUUGGCAGAGUUUGCCAGCAGCGAGGAAGAUGAGGGCGGGCAGUCAGAUUCAAUCGACAAGUACAGUCUCAGUUACAGCCUGGCCUCAGAGCAAACCCUGAUGUUCGACAUAAAAGAUCUCAGCAAAGAUCUUCAGCCUCUGACGAACUACAUGCAGCACACUCAAACACAGUUGGCGAAGACUGACAUAGAGAAUUUGGAGAAGCAGCUGCAGAAGAUUACCCGGAAUCACCGGGAUUGCAUGGCUGUAAACGUGCAGAACAUUGUCGACUCAUACUAUGUGAUGAACGAGGUGCCUAUCGGCUACACAGAGGAGGAACUGUACAUCGCCGAGUGGGCCAUGACGAAGACCCUCAAGAAGCGGCUACCUGUCAAGUUGAAGUGGUUCGUCCUCUUUCUGCUGUUCGCCACCACGUCCACCAUGAUAUGCUUCUUUGUGCUCAAGGGAGCGGCGUUGACCACCCCGCAGGCCAAGGAGUGGGUGUGUCUGGCCGUGAUCAAUGUCGCGAUAUAUGGCUUGGUCUUCGAGCCUCUGAAAGUGCUCAUCAUGAACGUGUACAGGGAUACAUGGCCAUAUUAUUGAUGAUAGCUAUAAUGAUGUUAUGGUGAUGCAUGGUGAAUACAUCAUUAUGCAUAAGUGUAUUCUUGAUGAAUGUUGUAAGGUUUGCUCUUUGAACCUCUGAAUGUCAUCGUUAUGCAUGAGUACAUAUGCCUGUGGCCGUAUUCUUGAUAAAUGUUGUAAGGUAUGCUAUUUGAACCUUACAAAGGCAUCGGUAAUACACCUGUACAUAUGCAUGUGGCCGUAUUAUGGAUAAAUGUAAGGUUUGUUCAUUGAAGCUCUGAAUGUCAUCGUUAUGCACGAGUACAUUUGCAUGUUGCCUUAUUCUUGAUAACAAUGUUCUCAUACAGUGGUUUGGUCUUUGGACCGUAGAAAGUUCAUGAAUGAGUGUAAAUGCACAUGGCCACAUAUUUGAUUAAUGUCACAAUAUUCCAUUUAGUCUUUGAACCUCUAAAGGUAUUUGUUACGAGUGAAUUACAGACACACAUGGCCAAAUAUUUUAUUAACAUUAAGAUUUCAGUUUUAGUCUUUGAACCUUUGUAAGUCCUCGCUAAGAAUGCCAAUAUUCAAUCUAUUCUUUAAACCUCAGAAGUCUUUGUGUUAAAAAAUGUAGUCACACUUGGCCGUAUUUAUUUUAAUGAUGUGAUAUUACGUUUAGUCUUUGAACCUCUGAGAGUCAUCAUUAUUAAUUUGGCCAUAUAUCUGGUAAGUAUGUUCCAUUUUACACUGAACUGGGGUCUCAGUUCAUUUGAAAUUGUUGGAAUUAGUGGUGAUAGCGUGAGGCCAUGUUAUGUGUGUGGGCGUAUGGGCAUGGUAUAUGAUCCACGGUGGCUACUGGAGGCAGAUGGGGGCGGGUGUUGGGCUAAAAGAGGGGUCCACUGUUUGUCAUUGAAGAAAGGUUUAUACAGUGACAGCUGACCAUUGAAAUAGAUGUUUGUUUCAAACUUGGAUGUGCAAAGAAACAUAUUUACACAUUCAGGAGGGACACUUGCACUCUCAUUCACGGUCUCUCUAUAGUGAAAUGUUCACAUUGACUGGACUGUCUGUAUAUCACCUUCACAGGGUUUGAAAAAUUGUGCUGUUAGAGGCACAGUACAAUUAUUGCCUUAGAAGGGCAUGGGAUCAGAAGAGCACCACGGCAAUGGCAAAUUAAGAAGAACUUUGUGGGGCAGGAAAGCAGAAAAAGCAAUACAUGAAAAGAAAAACAAAACAAUUAUAAUAAUAACACAGAAGACCAACUACGAUUUGGUGUAUUUAGGGACAUCGAAGGCAAGAGUGGAUGAAGGGUGAAUUUGAGAGGGCAUAAUUUAUGGCAAACAUUGAGGGCAUGUUGACAACUACCAUAGUGCCGUUGUCGAAUUCAGACCGUCUUCACACUCCUCAUAAGUCAGUUCAAGCUGAUUGAACAGGGAAGAGAUGGAUGGUGUUGGAAAUGAAGUGGAUUGCACGUUGAUUAAAUGGGGAAGAGGUGGAUGGUGUGGGGAAUGAAGUGGAUUGCAAGCUGAUUGAACAGGGAAAGAGGUGGAUGGUGUGAGGGAAUGAAGUGGAUUGCAAGAUUAUUAAAUGGAAGAGGUGGAUGAUGUGGGGAAUGAAGUGGACUGCAAGAUGAUUGAACAGGGAAGAGGUGGAUGAUGUGGGGAAUGAAGUGGACUGCAAGCUGAUUGAACAGGGAAGCGGUGGAUGGUGUCGGGAAUGAAGUGGAUUGCAAGCUGAUUGAACAGGGAAAGAGGUGGAUGGUGUGAGGAAAUAAAGUGGAUUGCAAGAUUAUUCAAUGGAAGAGGUGAAUGAUGUGGGGAAUGAAGUGGACUGCAAGAUAAUUGAACAGGGAAGAGGUGGAUGAUGUGGGGAAUGAAGUGGAAUGUGUGUGGAUAGAUAUUAAAGAGAUUUAAGAAGUGGAUUGAAUCGGCUUGAGGGAUCAGUUUGAACUUUAAGUAUUGAAACAGUGGGCAGAGGAAGGAUUAGUGAAUGGUAGUAAGAGAAAAGAGGUGGAUUGACUGGAUGGUUGUUAGGGAGGAUAUGUGAAUAGACUGGAUGGUUGAGAGGAACAGAUGGAUUGAUUGGAUGGUUGUGACGAAGAUGUGAAUAGACUGGAUGGUUAUGAGAAACAGAUGGAUUGACUGGAUGGUUGUGAUGGAGAUGUGAAUAGACUGGAUGGUUGUGAGGAACAGAUGGAUUGAUUGGAUGGCUGUGAUGAAGAUGAGAAUUGACUGGAUGGUUAUGAGAAACAGAUGGAUUGACUGGAUGGUUAAGAGGAACAGAUGGAUUGACUGGAUGGUUGUUAGGGAGAAGAGGUGGAUUGACUGGAUGGUUGUUAGGGAUAUAGAUAUAUAAUAGUGAUGCCGCUUAAUAGAUGUAAGGGUUCAUUUUCACCCAAGUAACCAUAUAACAUACUUGACAAUGAACUGGCAUGGUAUUGUGUAAGGAUGUUUGCCCUGUGGAAAUGGUGUGAUAAUGGCAUAGUUGUUAAAUAUGAUUUAACAAAUAUAUAUUUUUGCAGAUUAAGAGAUUCUAGUGUAUAGUGUAUGUAUAUACUGAUGCAAAAUUGUAUUAUAUGUUAUUUACAAUAUUGUUUGCACCUAAAUUGCAAGUGACCAAUUUAUUUAUUUAUGAUUUAUGCUUCACUUUCUUCAUGACUUCAUGAUAUAUAUUACCUUGUUUGUUGACAGAUGACAUUUAUUUAAUUAUGUACACUGAUUAUAAUUAAAUUAUUUUCAAACAUAAUACCAGCUUCAGUGAUGUGGUGGUCAAGCUUUAAAGUGGAUAGGUAUUGAGUUUGUGUCCCACCUGAGGCAAUGGGGUACUUUAAGUCUAGUACUGGCUCCAACCCAGAGUGAGUGCCCUACUGCUAGGCUCAAUGGGAAGGUGUAAGGCCAUAUACACUGAGUUUCACCCAUUUCACGGGUGCGAUUAUCGGUGUCUCCCGAGUGUAUAACCCCACUUAGGAGAUGGUUACGUGGCAGACACUGUGCAGCUUCUGUGUACCCCGGGUUAUACUGAGAUAGCUCAACUGACAGCAAGCGUGCAGCACGGCCCUGUCACAAUAGUCCCAUACCGAAAGGGAAAUAGGCUACUGCAGCUUCACCAUUCAUCUCAUUGUCAUAUGUUUAUGUGGUAGUGGUUUUUUAAAAAUAAUUUAAAUGGGGGUUGGUUGAACCCUUACAUUUUCAGCUUGCAGGGGCGGGACAUAGCUCAGUGGUAAAGCGCUCACUUGAUGUGCGGUCGGUCCAGGAUAGAUCCUCGUUGGUGGGCCCAUUGGGCUAUUUCUCAUUCCAGCCAGUGCA